AUGUCUCAGAGAAAACUACAACAGGAUAUUGAUAAGCUUUUGAAGAAAGUGAAAGAAGGUGUUGAAGAUUUCGACGACAUAUAUGAAAAAUUUCAAUCUACAGACCCCUCAAACUCAUCGCAUAGAGAAAAGCUAGAAUCAGACCUGAAAAGAGAGAUAAAAAAACUACAAAAACAUAGGGACCAAAUAAAAACAUGGCUAAGCAAAGAGGACGUAAAGGAUAAGCAGAACGUGCUGAUGACAAAUAGAAGGCUCAUCGAAAAUGGCAUGGAAAGAUUCAAGUCCGUGGAGAAAUUGAUGAAAACGAAACAAUUUUCCAAAGAAGCCUUGACGAAUCCAGAUAUAAUCAAGGAUCCUAAAGAACUUAAAAAGAGAGACCAAGUUGUGUUCAUUCAUGAGUGUUUAGACGAGCUACAAAAGCAACUAGAGCAGUUCGAGGCUCACGAGAAUGAGGAACAGACAGAAAGACACGAAUUUCAUAUCGCCAAUUUAGAAAAUAUCUUGAAGAAACUUCAAAAUAAUGAAAUGGAGCCAGAACCUGUGCAAGAAUUCCAAGACGAUAUUAAAUACUAUGUUGAAAAUAACGAUGAUCCGGAUUUCAUCGAGUAUGAUACAAUUUACGAAGACAUGGGUUGCGAAAUCCAACCUUCAUUAGUUAAUAAUAGUGAGGCUCCUAAAGAAGCUCCCAAAGAAGCAAACAAUCAAUCUUCUGUAUCCAGUAUUCGUUCAACAAAAAAACAAGAGCGUUCUCCCAAGAAAAAAGUCCCACUAAAGCAGACUUCCACGCUGGAUACGGUGGAAAAUUCAUCGGCACAAGCUGCUGAAUCGGUUUCUCAAUCGGCGUCUCCUUCUCCUACGCCUGUAUCAAUCGACACGCCAUUGAAUACAGUCAAAGAUGAUACAAUGAAGCUGGAUGAUUCCUUCCACAGUCCACCAGCUACCAAUGUAUCCAUGAAAAAGAAAGAAUCCGAAAACGAUUCUGAGGAACAAUUGAGUUUUCCGCAAGAUAGAACGGAAGAAAUCCAAAAAAUUAUUCAAAACGAUAUAGAAACGAACCCAGCCUUUCAAAAUCCGUUAUUUAGCGACGAAUUAAAAUACUGGUUAGACUCGAAAAAGUACCUGAUGCAACCUCUUCAAGAAAUGUCGCCAAAAAUGGUAUCACAACUAGAAUCCUCUCUUUUAAAUUGUCCUGAUUCAUUAGAUGCUGAUUCGCCAUGUCUUUAUACAAAACCGUUAUCUUUACCUCAUCCAACGUCAAUAUUUUUCCCCAGUGAGCCAAUCCGAUUUGUCUAUCCCUAUGAUGUGCCCUUAAAUUUAACAAAUAGCGAAAACGACACAACCGAUAAGUUCGAUAAGGACGGUAAAAUAAAAUCGAAAAAGCAUGACGAUAUCUAUUCUAGAACUUCUUUAGCAAGAAUAUUCAUGAAAUUCGACCUUGAUACUUUGUUUUUCAUAUUCUAUCAUUACCAAGGUUCCUAUGAACAAUUUUUAGCCGCUAGAGAGCUUUACAAAAAUAGAAACUGGUUAUUUAACAGAGUCGACCGUUGUUGGUACUAUAAAGAGAUCGAAAAAUUGCCACCAGGAAUGGGCAAAUCUGAAGAAGAAUCUUGGAGAUAUUUCGAUUAUAAAAAGAGUUGGUUAGCGAGACGCUGCGGAAAUGAUUUUGUAUAUAAUGAAGAUGAUUUUGAAAAGCUGUAA